AUGGCAAAAGCUGAGAAAACUGUAGAUUCAAGCCUUUUCUUUGACGAUCAAUCACCAUACGGUAAAAAGCUUCCGGCCAACUGGUGUGAGACUGUGACUGUGACGCUGAAAGGAACCAAGGGACAACCUGUAAGUAUUUUUUUAAUUUUGGAAAAAAAAUUUCAGUUAGGUUGUCGGUUUUGGAAUUUAGUAGUUUCAAGACUGGAUAGCGGUGGAGCAAGCGAAUGCGUAUUCAGAUAUGGUGAUGCCCUGAGGAAAAUGAACGGCGAACCGCUGGUGGUCAAUGGUAAAUUUUUCUUUAAAAAAAGUGUUUUUAUAGGUUGUUUUAAGUACUGUAACUUCACCAUACGUACUGUAGUUCAACCUUUUUUCAAUUUCGUUUUUUUAAAUUUAAUUUUUAGGGAGGGCAGACGCUGACAAGUUUCUCAAAGCCUUCAAAGCCAUGCAAAAGGCUGAUUUUUCUGUAAGUUUUUUAAUUUUUAAAUUUUUUUUGGUUUUUUAAAAAUUUAAAAAUAUUAAAAAUUUUAAAGUUUAUACCUAACAUUAUAAAAUUUGAAUUUUUUGACAAAAAAAUUUUAAGUUGUUAUCUAACAACCCGUGUUUAAACUUUAAAAUCAUAAAACGUCGCUUUUCAGGCCGAAUUAGAGCUGAUCCGCCCCGUACUAACCCAACCGGUCGAAGAAGGCCGUCUGAAAGACGAACUCAAACAAGAAGGCUAUACCUACAAAGUGGUCAUUCUCUACUCGAUAAUAGGACUCAAAGUUGGCCUCACUUGUCGUACUGCCGACGGCAAAGUCUACGUGUGCAAUGUGCACGAGUUCACGAUAUCAUCGAUGUCAUUGAGCUGUGGCGAUGUUAUCCUUGACGUUAACAAAACACCAAUCUCCUCGAGCAAAGAAGCGUCCGAGCUGAUUACAAGCGGCCUCAAGUCGCGUGCGUACGUGACAUUGUUGGUGGAACAACCUGAGGACUUGGUGCAGAAGGCGGCGGUGAGAGCGGCAUUGGUAUCGGCCAGUACUGAUUUGGAUCUGGGGUUGGCACCUGAUGUGAUCGAGAUAUGUAGAAAGGAGGAAGCGAGGUUGAAGAAGCAUCCAGACAUGAAGCCGAAGAAGAGUGCACUCAAGACUGAGUAAGUUAUGGAAUUUUGAUUUUAAAGGACCAGUUCGCCCAUUCAAAUAUCAUUGGCAUUCUGUCGCAAAAAUUCGACGUUCAUUUUUUCGCAAAAAACUUGAGCAGGUCGGUCCCAAAUUGGAAAAUUCAUUUCGACACCGACCCACUCACGUUUUUUCAGAAAAAUGAUUUUGAUUGAAAUUGCCUGAUUUUCGACGCUUUUUGCGACAGAAUGCCAAUGAUAUUUGAAUGGGCGAACUGGUCCUUUAAGUUGACGAAAUAUCACAUAUCGAUUUUUUACAAAAUGUCAAAAACUCAAAUGAAGAUUUUUUAAAAAGACGCUGUGAGAAUAGCUCAUUACUUUUUGAACAACCUAAUAAUGUUUAACUAUUUUCAUUCCAGUGCCAAGUCUCCAAAGACCAAUCGAAUCAAAUUCCAAGAAGACUCCCAGGACAUCCCAAUCGUCGCCGACAGAAAUCCAAACCUUUUAAUGCACGUACCAACAGCACCAUCUACGAAUAACUAUCAGUCGUUGGCAGCUCUGUCUAACGAAACCAAGAAAUAA